AUAUUGCACAAAUGGACAAACUAUUGGAAUGGGUGGCAGCCACGUUGGUUCAUCCUGGAAGAUGGCAUCCUGUCCUACUACCAGUCCAAGGAGGAUGUCUCCAAGGGCAGCAAGGGCUCCAUCAAGGUGUCCGUGUGCGACAUCGGCGUGCACGCCACGGACAGCACGCGGCUCGACCUGACCAUCCCGUCCGAGCAGCACUACUACCUGCGCGCCGGCUCGGCGCAGCAGCGCCAGCAGUGGCUGAUCGCUCUGGGGUGCGCCAAGCAGGCCGCUGGCAAGGCCCGCACCGGUCGCCAGUCCUCAGGCGACACCGGCACUGAUAACGUGCGCACCAAGAAGUCCGAGCUGCGGCUGUACUGUGACCUGCUGAUGCAGCAGGCGCACCAGGUGAAGACGGCGGCCUCCGACCCGGACGGACCCCAGCUGCAGCAACUGGAGGAGGCCACCUCGCUGCUGGGCCCCACGUGCGACACGUUCAUACGCACGCUGGAUGAGUGCAUGGUGCUGAUCGCGCGUGCCACGGCCGGCUCCCCGCCGCCCCACCUUACCGAUCUGGGCAUGCCCCUGCACGCUGCCCAGCAGAAGCGGGAGAAGCGGGCCUCCACGUCUUCCAACGACUACUCGCGUUCUAACUCUGUGGGCAGUUAAUGGAUGCGUCGCAACGGACGCCUUGUGUCUGGUCCGCGCUCCCGACUACCGGCAGCACGCGGGGCCACCGAACUCACUUGUCACAGACCGCACUUAUUCACCUGCGGGUCAAGUGGUGUGUCUGGACUGACAAGAUUCUAGGAAGCAAGCGUUCCACCCCGGCCGAAUGGGUGUGGCGCUACACGUGUCGUUCUCGCGGUGAAGUAUAAAAUGUGCAAUGGCGGCCGGGUCACUGGUUCACGUGCUCCGUUGUGUGUGUGAGAUCUCAGUUCGCCUGUGUUCCUUGAUCACACCGCACGUUUGAUUGAUAACUGU